AUGUUCGAAGCGCGUCUGCCCCAGGGCCGCGUCGUUAAGCUCAUCGUCGAGGCCAUGAAGGACCUCAUCUCCGAGGGCAACAUCGACUGCACCAAGUCGGGCCUCGCGCUCCAGUCCAUGGACGGCUCGCACGUGUCGCUCGUGUCGCUGCUGCUGCGCGCCGAAGGCUUUGAGCACUACCGCUGCGACCGCAACAUUUCGCUCGGGGUGCAGACCGCGUCGCUGGCCAAGAUCCUCAAGUGCUCGGGCAACGACGACGCCCUCUCGCUCUCGGCCGAAGACAAUGGCGACGCGCUCAACAUUAUGUUUGAAGCCACGUCGGGCGACCGCGUGUCGGACUUUUCGCUCAAGUUGAUGGACAUUGACAGCGAGCACUUGGGCAUUCCCGGGACCGAGUACGUGGCCACUGUGCGCAUGCCGUCGGGCGAGUUCCAGCGCAUCUGUCGCGACCUGCAGACAAUGGGCGACACGUGUACGAUCGCUGUGGGCAAAGAGGGCGUCAAGUUCUCUGUCUCGGGCGACUUGGGCGCGGGCAACAUCACGCUCAAGAACAACACAGCGGCCGAGAAGGAGAACGACCGCGUCAUCAUCACGAUGGAGGAGCCCGUGGAGCUCACGUUUGCGCUCCGGUAUUUAAACAUGUUUGCCAAGGCCACGCCGCUGUCGGAGACCGUGACGCUGAGCAUGUCGCCCGGGAUCCCCGUCGUUGUCGAGUACGCGAUCGGCGACAUGGGCUACAUGCGGUUCUACCUCGCGCCCAAAGUCGAGGAAGACGACUGA